AGAGCGAGGCAGGGAGGCGGCGGGUGCGGGCGCUCCGCGGCUGCGCGGCGCGUGCUGGCGGCGGCUCGGUCCCGGCCCGCGCCCGCGGGGUCCCCGCUGCGGCCGGAGCGGCCUGGCUGCGGGAUCCGUGCGCAGCGAUGGCGGGGCAACCCCUGCGGCGCCCGGCCUGGGUACCACUGCUCCUGCGACUGCUGCUGGCGGGGAUCGCUGCCUGCGAUGCCAGCCCCGCGGACGACAGCGCGGGCCCGGGGGGCCGGGGACCCCGGGGACGCGCGCGAGGGGACGCGGGCGCGGACGAGGCAGUGCCGCGCCACGACUCCUCCUACGGCACCUUCGCCAGCGAGUUCUACGACCUGCGCUACCUGUCAGAGGAGGGUUACCCUUUCCCCACUGCUCCUCCUGUGGACCCAUUCGCCAAAAUCAAGGUGGAAGACUGUGGAAGAACUAAGGGAUGCUUCAGAUACGGGAAGCCAGGCUGUAAUGCAGAAACCUGUGACUACUUCCUUAGCUACCGGAUGAUAGGCGCUGACGUGGAGUUUGAGCUGAGUGCAGACACAGAUGGUUGGGUCGCGGUUGGAUUCUCUUCAGACAAAAAGAUGGGUGGUGACGAUGUCAUGGCCUGCGUCCAUGAUGACAAUGGCAGAGUCCGCAUACAGCACUUCUAUAAUGUGGGUCAGUGGGCAAAGGAGGUUCAGAGAAAUCCUGCCCGAGAUGAAGAAGGAGUUUUCGAGAACAACCGCGUCACCUGCAGGUUUAAGCGUCCCGUGAAUGUUCCCAGGGAUGAAACGAUCGUGGAUCUGCACCUGAGUUGGUACUACCUGUUUGCUUGGGGUCCGGCCAUUCAGGGCGCCAUCACUCGUCACGACAUAGACUCUCCACCGGCUUCAGAGCGCGUUGUCAGUAUUUACAAGUACGAAGACAUUUUCAUGCCGUCGGCUGCCUACCAGACCUUCUCCUCGCCAUUUUGUCUGCUUCUCAUUGUCGCCCUGACCUUCUACCUGCUGAUGGGAACCCCUUAACCACCGCUGCCAGCCACAGACUAGAUGGAGUGAAAACCCUUCAGUAUCUAUUUUUCAGUAACCGCCUGUAUAAUUUUCGCUUCUAUGAUCUAAAAACAAGUCAUGAUUUCAACAUUUUUGGGAGAAGAAAAAAAAAAGCGCAAGCCUCUCUCCUGGUCAGGCAGGAUUGUCAAGGCAACGCUACUUUCGGGAAGCACUUAAAACAUUUGCAAACACUUCCAAAUAUGUUCUCUGUUUGAGCUUUACAAUGUCUAUGCAUUGGCUUGGUAAAACUGUGAGGGCCAUCAUAUUGAUUUAAACCCAGACAAAGGGUGCCUUUUGCUGACCCACGUGUCUCACAGCCUUGGCUAACAUGAUCAGACAACAUACAGUACGGUAGGGAGAACUAGACAUGGAAAGUAGACCUCAGAACAGUCUUUGCUUUGAGCAGUCUUUACUUUCAGUCCUGAACAAGAGGGUCACCUUGCAUGUGGCCGUGGAGAUCUUUAUAGGAUGUCACGGUGUAUCAUCAGGCUCUCGAGAACUUUUCUGUGGCGCAUAAAUGCUUUUAGAUAGUCACACGGUUGAUAGGGAAUAUGGGAGAGAUUCUAGGGAUAAGCGAGUGGUUUGUAUUUAUCUAAAAUAUCUUCUCAAUUAGUGUGGAGUUAUGGAAAAACGAUUAUAUAUCGCUGUUAGGAAAAAUUAAAAAUGUGGAUGUCCCUGAAGCUGUAAAAUUAUUAUAAUGAUUAAAAAUAGGAGAAUUCUUAGUAGUUAGAAUUUGCUCUCUUCUGCCACUGUAUUCUACCAAGUAAGGUGUUCAUGGGUGACUGUAGCCAAUGGUGUUUUUCAAGUUAGAAUACACUAAGUAUAACUGAAUAUCCAUUAUAACAGAAUAGUCAUCUUAAGGAAAACAAGGCAUUUUAAUCAUAUAUCAACGUUUUUAAAGGCUGUAGACACCAGGAGCAAAAGAUGGGGCAGGGGGCCUAAGGUAAAUUUACCAAGAGUAUAUGUUUAAAAUGUUCAAUUCUUUGUUUCCUUUUGUCAAAAGAGCCAGAUACUCUUUUAGUCCAAAUACCUAUGCUAGCAGCCUGCCAAGAGGCGAGAGUGUAGCUGUGGGCGCUUACACCGCUGGGCCAGUCCCAUUGUGGCAUUCCAGAAUUCUCUGAUUUUUUUUUUUUCCCAUUGCUUCCGAGCUGGCUCCAGCUUUAUAGGUGAGCAACAGCAGAUUAUAGUUUCUAAAAUUGUCUUCAAGAUUCAGGUCAGAGGUGAAGGUCUGCGUGUGGGAAAGUGUUCAGAUUCUUCUGGGCUGGCGCCAAAACAAAGUAAGUAUUGCUAUUUUGUGACACCACCCACACCCGGUUUCCAACUCAAAGUUCAAGCAGAAGGCCUCACCUCACUCCAAUUAUCUCUUCACUAAACCCUCUGAUCUUAUUCAGGCUUGGCUCCAGCAUGGCCGUGCACCAGCUUUGCAGCAUUAGGGGCUGGUUUAGAAGUGAGGGUUGGGAGUAGAUAGAGACACCCUUGUUGUAAAUAAGAAGCCUGAUAUUUUUAUAACCCUUAUGUGUACAAUAGUCGAUCUACAACUAGCAGAGCCAAUAGAGACAGACUUCAGUUAUGAGUAGGAGCAGAGCGAGCGGUGUCUCCCUUCCACAUACGUUUCAAAUCAAGUUUCACUGGGUCUUUUGACUUUGGUGACUAGUUUUGUCUAUUUUUUUUGCCUGGAACUUUCAGAGUUAUCCUUGUCCUUACAGUAACAUGCAAGUGACCCUACUAAGCGUCGGUCUUCUCUGCUUCAGGACCACUACUUGUGCCAGCAAGUCGAAGGGGCCUUGAGGUCCUCCCUCCUGUGGACGAUGCUCUCAUCUGAAAGGCUCUAACUUAAUUAUCUCGUCCUCAGGUCCUCUGGACUAGUUUUAGGACUUACUCAAGUGCUCCCGAAGCCCACUGGGCUUCCUCAGCAGACACUUCAGGCUUUAGUGAAAUCACAGGUUUUGGCUGCUAAGCCAUCAUAGAGGAACUAUUUCUCAGUGCUUGCCCUUGUGACAGACAUUACUUCUUAGUAAGUGUUCAGCAAACUGAUGGGCCAAGUUACAAACCGUCUCGAUGUUGUGAGUUUAUUGCAGCCAGAGGGAUCUCUUUUAUAUAGUCUACCCGACGAGUAAUGUUUUUAUGUCCUCUCCUUGUGAUCACAUCAUGUCUUCCAAAAACAUAAAUGACAGAAUCCUUAGUGAUUUUGUUGGUUUUGCUUUUCCAUGGACAUCAGUUGGCAUUUUCAACAAUAAAUCAUUGUCCUGGAAUAAGAAUUUACAGACUAGGGAUGCAUCACAACGGUUGACCGCAGAGAGCUAGCCACUGAUAGACCUGCUGGAGUUAAAAGCAGAUAAACUCAAACUAGUUCAUUCUUACCUACCGUAAGAGAAAGACCUUCACCCCUCCACUCUUUCUCUCUUUCAGCAGAGCCUCACAAUCCUCCUCCUCCAGCCUCCUGACUCCUGGCUGCUGCUAUCUCAAGCACACACCACAGAUUGGACAGUGCGUUUUCCUUUCUAAUAUGAUGUUUGUCCUGAGGGAGACGCCUAUCAAUGCUUUUUGCUUAAAAAGAAAAAAAACCAAGUGAAGUAUAAGUGGCAGAAAAACGUACACUAGUUUAAUGCACUUAUCUUGCAAGAGACAGCCUAGGCUAAGGGAGGCAACAUGACUUUCUCCAUCUCAUGCAGAGUCAUUAAAACUUCCAUUAAAUAGAACCUACUAUCCAUACUUAAACCAACUGGUUGCCUUUGCCUGCCUCCUGGUACUUCACAUCAAGCAGAGAACUUCUUACAGCUGUAUUUGAGGAAAGAAACACAGUUUAAGGAAGAAAGAAAGAAAGAAAGAAAGAAAGAAAGAAAGAAAGAAAGAAAGAAAGAAAGAAAGAAAGGAAGAAAGGAAGAAAGAAAGAAAGAGAGAGAGAGAGAAAGAGAGAGAGAGAGAAAGAGAGAGAGAAAGAAAGAUAGAAAGAAGAAAGAAAGGAAAGGAAGGAAGGAAGAACUUUUUCUCUUUUUAUUUAAGAUUUAUUUAUUUCUUUUAUGUAUAUGAGUGCUCUAUCUGCAUGUACACCUGCGUGCCAGAAGAGGGCUUCAGAUCAUACUGUAGAUAGUUACAAUCCACCAUGUGCUUGCUGGGAUUUGAACUCAGGACCUCUGGAAGAGCAGACUGUGCUCUUAAUUGCUGAGCCAUCUCUCUAGCCCCCACAUUUAACUUUGUAUCACUUUAUUUUCUGCUUUUAAAAUCAUUUUAGUACUCUUGUCUUCUCUCUCUGUCUCUCUCUCUUUCUCUCUCCUCCCCGCUUUCUUUUCAGUGCUGGGGACAUACCCAAGGCAUUGUACACUGAGCUACAUCCCCAGUUCAUUUUAGGACAGCUAAUGAUUUUCAAACUAAUGUGUAGAAUGGACAUGAUUGGAAGAAUGUGUUGGUUAAUUUUUAAAUAUGACUUUUUUUUUACAGACGUGGUCUGUCUUACAACAUGGAACUCCAUAUAGUGCGACACUUCUUGUCCCACGAUAGUCAAACACGCAUUUGGAGAACAUUCAGAAGCUACAUUCAGUUACCUUGGGUUGGUUUCUGUCCUUAAAGAAACCAUAAUGUUUGACACCUGAGGAUGGGUUUCCAUCCCAGCAGAAUCACACUUUCUCGCACUGCCUACAUUCGGGAUUUUUGUCUGACAUUAGCACUGAGGUUGAAUGCCAUUCUUUGUUCUAGCGCAGGAGUUCUUACAAUUUUCUUCUAAGGGUCCAGGCUGUAAAUAUUUGAACUUUGAACUUGUGUUGCAGCUGUGCUACCCUGCUCAAAAACAAACAAGCAUGGCUGUGCUUUAGUAAAACAACUGAAAUUCGAGCUUCAUAUACUUGGCAGAUACCAAAAGGGUCUAUUAAGUUUCAAAGAGCUAUUGGAAGAUGAAAAAAAUUUUUUUUAGUUUACAGGCUUAACAGACACAGGAAGUAGGUUGGGCUGGACUUGUGGACUCUGGUUUUCCCACAGUGGCUUUAGUCCAUGGGCCUACUAUUUAUCCAGUCAUUUAUAAAACAUAUCAUCAGGAACUUAUCACUAUCUAGAUGUAAAACUAUUAAAGUUGGGGAAUAAUUUGUUUUAAAAUGACUUACAGUUGGUUUGCUGAUAUAACUGAAUAACAUAGUGGCAUCCUUGCACAUGUAUGCUAUAAUGUGUCUCCUGGAGUCGGCACAAAAGAGGUAACAGUGAGGAACCAGUCUCGGUAAGCAACAGCUUUGUUUUGCCUGAGGUCUGGCAGCCAUUAACGUGUCUCACUGCGGAGCUACUCUUUUGGUGAACAUUUCUACGCUUAGAGUAAUUUAUUUCCAUGUAGAAUUUUUUGAAAGAAAUAUCAUAUGGGCAUGAGAGUGAUUUAUACAUGUGACACAUAUAACUCAUUUAAUAAAACAAUGUGUGGGAGCCAGCAUACCAAGUCACAUGCUGAGGUGACUGUAGUUGACUGCUGUCCAUCCGUCCGUCCAUCCAUCUUCUCCAUCCAAGUGCAUAGUUAGUGAGCAGGUGGAUUAUUGUCAGUGUGUUUAUAUGUAUAUACACUUUGUACAUAUGUGACAGAUGGGAGUGUAUUUAUACAUAAACGUGCACAUAUGCGUGAAGGCAUACCAUGAAUAUUAAAGGUUUUUGUCAGGGUUGGUUCUUUUUCUGAUCUCUUGUAUAGUUUAAAACUGGGAGAUAAAACAUUGUGUGUGUGUGUUACAAGCAUACUUACCCUUGAAUUUUUGUUAGUUUAUAGAAAGGAUUCCUGGAUCUUUUAUUAAGCCUUGACUCAUCUAUCUAUCCAACCUUAUAGAAAUCAUGAAGAACAUAUAUGCACUGUUGCUUAAUUUAACUUUUCUAUAUGAAUAACUGGCAUGUUACAUGGUAGCCUAAACAUGUUUUAAGUUGCAUUAGUUUUCUUACUCUGUUUUAUCAUUCACUGAGCAACCUGUGUAGUUUCAAGUUGGAUUUCCUUGUGUCUUUAUUUAACAGAUGACUUGCAUAUAAUUUCCUUUGCCUGAAAAUAGUAGUUAGGGAAAUAAGAGCUUAAAUAUGCCUGGCCAUGGAAAACCAUAUGUAAAUCUAGCCUGGGGCAGGGGCGUGUUCUGUUGAAGAAUAUACCAAUGACCAGGUAAUAUUUUCGGUUUUCUCUCAGAUAUUUGCUAUUAGGUGAGUAACAGUCCAGUCUGAUUCUUCUGGAAUGUAACCAUUCUCUAAGUGUGCUGAAUAGUCAGUGGGUGUGGCACUCCGGGUCACUAGCCGCUGUGCUGCUUCCUGGACUAGAAUGCCCUGCCCCCUCGCCCGCCCUGGAAGAGUGACUGCAGCUUCCCCACACGCCUUACCCCCACUGAUGCAUCGACAUGCUGGAGCAGUCUGGCUCCACAAAGUACCAAUACAGUUUUUUGAGACUGCCUACAAAAUACUAUUUUGUUAAAACUAUGCCUUUAAAUAGACACCGAUGGGUUAUAUUUGUUUUAUAAAAAGUUGUGUACCUAAUGUUCAAUCGUGAUUGAUUUUGAGAUUAUAUAUAAAUGUAUAUUUAUAAGCCUGUCUUAUGUGGAUUUUUACUCUAAGAAGUGUGGCACAUUACUAAUAAAGAUAUGAGUUUCUAUUUAUGUAAAGUCAUUGUAGCAACACUCCUAACUGCUAUCUGAGUGAUGAUCCUGUUCAUUGGCCACCAUACAUACUUUUAUCUUUAGAAUGUUAAGUUAUACUCAGACUAUAUUAACCAAGAUGAAACUUUAAAAACAUAAACCCUCAACAUGAUUUGAAAAUCUUCCUGUUGAUAUAAUUAAAACUAGUUUAUAAUUCCUUA